UCUCCUGCCCUCCAGCUGCAGCCAUGGUCGCCUCCUCCGCGCGGCCCACUGUCCUGGCCAUGACCGCGCUGGCGUUACUCCUGCUGCUGUGCCUGGGCCCAGGUGGCAUAAGUGGGAAUAAACUCAAGCUGAUGCUUCAAAAGCAGGAAGCACCUGCUCCACCUAAGACGAAAGUGGCAGUGGACGAGAACAAGGCAAAAGAAUUCUUAAGCAGCCUGAAGCGCCAGAAGCGGCAGCUGUGGGAUCGGUCACGGCCGGAGGUCCAGCAGUGGUACCAGCAGUUCCUCUAUAUGGGCUUUGAUGAGGCGAAAUUUGAAGAUGACAUCACCUACUGGCUGAACAGAGAUCGGAAUGGGCAUGACUACUAUGAUUCCUACCAGCGUCACUAUGAUGAGGACUCUGCGAUGAGUUCCCAUGGCUUCAGGCACGGAUCCAUUGUCAACUAUGAUGACUACUAACACCUGGAGCAUGGGCACCAGCUCUGGAAGUUCCCCUGCCCCACGCCCUUCACUGCCUUGCACCAUGUGGCUUCUGCUGGGCUUUGUUUCAGCAGAUCUUUUCUAUCCCCUUUCUGCAACCAGGAAGGAUGAA